GGCCCGUGGAUAUUUCUACAGGAGUAAUGGCAGACAAAUUGAUAAAGAACUGGGUGCCAAAGUCUGGGCUCUCUUUAAAGAGAUCGAGGCCGAAGUGGAAACAGGACACCCAUGGCCCAAUGAAGGAGAUAAAACCCUUUUCACCAUGAGAGACUAUUAUGUCGUAAGGUUACAAGAAAACCUAAAAAAGUUCCCAGCAGCUGAGAGAACAGAUAUAAUUGCCAUCUUUAACUGUUGUUCCAACUAUCUACGAUUUCACUGGGGAGUGGAAAUCGCCAACAUUCCGCUCGAAUUAUGCAGUAUGGCUCCCGAAAUAGAAGGAGGAGACGUUCUUAUUCCAAGGGGCACGAGGUCGUUAGUUAAUGCAAUCAUAUCGCGCUUUAGAUGUGAGGAGAGGCUUAACAUUGAAAAGCAGGCUACGUCGAUCAGUUGGGGAGAUGAUCUAGUUGAAAUCAGGUGUUCUAGUGGCGACAUCUAUCGAGCCAAAUGUGUCGUCGUCACGGUGUCGCUGGGAUACCUGAAAGAACAUCACCGAAAUCUGUUCCAACCAUCCCUUCCACAUGAAAAAAUCGAAGCUAUUCAUGGCUUGGAUUUUGGGUUAGUAGACAAAAUAUUUCUUCACUAUGACCGUCCAUUUUGGUCUUCUGAAGUAGGUUUUGGUAGUGUCAAGCUUGCGUGGGACGACGAUGAGGCUGUCAUCACUGACCCAAAAAGCCAGUGGUACAAGAGAAUAUUUUCCUUUGAUGACGUCUAUUUCAACCCUAGCUGCCUCUGCGUGUGGAUCUCAUGCAACGAGGCGUAUCACAUGGAGCACCUCUCUGAGGAAGACAUUUCAGAAACCUGCACCGGCCUACUGCGCCAGUUCCUCGGGGACCCCUCUAUCCCGAAACCUUCUAAGGUCAUUUGGUCAACCUGGGGUACCAACCAGCACACACUGGGUUCGUACUCGUGCCCCAGAAUGCAGUCAGAUGCCAGUCACUUCAGCUCUCUAGCCGAACCCUUGACGGAUUCCAAUGGUCGAUUAAGAGUCCUUUUCGCUGGCGAAGCCACUCAUACAAUGUACCAUUCUACAAUGCAUGGAGCGCGCGAGUCUGGCGUUCGCGAAGCUACGAGACUACUUCAAAACUUUGGAGUGGAUACAAGCACCCACCAAACAUCUUGAAUAAUGAUAUAAAAAAAUCAAAAUUACACCUGACACGAAAUGUCACGUUCUUUCUAAAUUAAAAAACUAAUUUCAGAGGGUUUUUU